AUGUGUGAGGUGACGCCCACCUUCAGCGGAGAAGUCCAGCAUGGCUCGCUGCCGGGCCCAGCUGAGGCAGGCAGGGACCCGGAGCUCCUCCUCAAGAUGGUGUUCGCAGAGAUGAGGAGCAUGCUGGAGACAAUGCGCGAGGUGAAGGGCAGGCUGGCCACUGCACAAUUGAGGGUGCGCCAGCUGAGCCAGAAUGACAACCUGAAGCAGCAGCUCAGCAUCCUGCUGCCUGAGUUGUUCGAGCCUGUGACCAAGAAGUUGAUAAAGUAUCGGAAGCAAUUGCUGAAAAGGGAAGAAGAGAUUGCAGAGCUGAAGGCAGAGCGGGACAAUAUGAGGCUGUUGUUGGAACGCCUGAAGUAUAUGGUGUCCAAGCAGGAAAGAUCUCUACACAGGACCUUUGUCAAAUGCCAGGCCCAGUCCUCUGCGGGUGUCUCCUCUGAGAUCGAGAUGAUUAAGAAACUAAAAGUCCUCUUCCGUCAUCACAGAGUCCUAGAGGAGAAGGUGCUGUGCAUCCACUCCCUCCAGACCCUUGCCAAUGGCAUGGGUUCUGUCAAGGACACCAAUGGGCGCAUAGCCGAGCUGCAGGAGGCCCUGGAGCAGCACCAAGCAGAAGUAUGCCAGCUACGGGAGGGCCAGGCAUUGCUGCGCGGGCAGGUGGGCCAGCUGGAGCAGGAGCUGGCCACUGCUCACCACCAGCUGAAUGAGACCAAAGAAGCCAACCGCAAGCUGCAGCAGGAGCUCAAGGAGAAUGAAGAGAAGAGGCGACAGCUGGAAGAAUGGCUGGAAGAUUCUAAGCUGAAACUGCAGCAGAUGCUGCAGAAGGCAGCGCCCUUGCCUGAGGCUGAGGCUCAGCUGGCACAGGGAGCAGAGGCUCUGCACAAGAAUCCUGUCCACAAGAAGGAAGCUGGGGUUCCACCAGGACAGGGCCCAGCCGUAACAAGAGACACCCCACCACCCACUCCCUGCUCUGCUCAUCUUCAUGGGAAGACCCAGGCCUUGGCACUGCAGGAAGAUGCGGGACCCUCCCGAGAAAGCAAGGGCACCCCAGAUGCCCUCCACAAAGGCCCCAAGAAGAAGGGCAUGAAAAGUUACCUAAGCAACCUCUUUGGAAAGAAAACAAAGGGCAAGAUGGAACCUCCAGGCCAGGACAGCUCUUCCUUGGGUGACCUCACGGGACUGAAGAUCUUCCUGGGCUGGGCCGACUUUCCACCCUGCCCCAGCAUCGUCUACAUCAUUCGUGUCACGUGGUCCAGCGGCUCCUCAGAGGUCCUUUACCAGCGCUACAGGAAGUUCUUUGACCUGCGGGCGCGGCGCUCGGUGUUUGCUCGGCCCGCGGUCUCAGCAGGUGCCCCGCUCGGCCCGCCGCCCGAGGCCCUGGCCGCCGCUCCAGCGCGCCUGGAUCUGGCCCCCUGGUCCGCGAAGAUGGCUGCCGUACGCCGGGCCCGCAGUUACUGCCGCUGCCUGGUGCGCUUCUCCGACCGAGAACUCUGCUAA